AUGCGUGCAACAAAGCUUCCUUCUUCUGAUUUCUUUGUGGUGAGGACUUAUGUAAGCGAUCACAACUAUGAUUCAACACAUAGGAACGCCAACCAUAGGCAAGCAACUGCCAAGGUGCUUGGGACUCUGAUGUGUAGCAAUUAUGGAGAGAAGAAGUGUGGUCUUAACCCGAAACAAAUCAUGGAGCAAGUCAGACUUGAUCAUGGUGUACACAUUGGAUACAAACUAGCAUGGAGGGUUAAAGAGUCAGACUCGAUCAUGGUAGGUACUCCCGAGGAUAGCUAUCAAAACCUCUCGAAGUGGAUGUUUAAGGUUCAUGAGAAAAACCCUGGAUCCAAGGUUUAUCUUGAGAUGGAUCCAAAUGGAAAUAAAUUCAAAUACAGCUUUGUUGCUUUUGGUCAAUCGAUAAGAGGAUUUGAGCUGAUGAGAAGAGUUAUUGUUGUGGAUGGUACUUUUCUUAAGGGGAAAUUUAAGGGAACAUUGCUUGGAGCUAGUGCACAGGAUGGAGAUUAUUCUUUGUAUCCGCUUGCGUUUGGGAUAGUUGACUCUGAAAACGAACAUGCGUGGACCUGGUUUUUCAGAGGACUUAAGACCGUGAUCCCUGAUGCGUCUGAUUUGGUCUUUGUUUCAGAUAUAUCUCAGUCCAUUGCAAAGGCACUUUCAGUGGUUUAUCCGCUUGCACAUCAUGGUAUUUGUAGAAUUCACAUUUUGAGGAAUAUAACACCAAAGUAUGGGAGAACUGGUUUGUUACCUCUUGUAGAAGCUGCAGCUGACGCUUACACUCGUCAUGAGUUCAUUAGCAUCUUCAAUGACAUAAGAAACAGAAGCCCUAAAUUAGCUUCAUAUUUGGAAGAAUCCGAUUUUGCAAAGUGGGCUCGCUGUUAUGCACCUUCGAACAGGUACAAUAUCAUGACAACCAACAUCGUGGAGUCUCUGAAUUCGAUGUUAAACUUGGCUCGUGAGAGACCAUUAGCUCUUAAACACAAAAAGCUUGUCACACCACGCGUAGCGAAGAUCAUGUUAGAGAGAUACAAUGCUGCAAUGAAACUUGAUGUUUUCCAAGUAGAUCGGUAUGAGUUUGAAGUAAAGGACGAGACUCGGAAGUACAUUGUUCAUCUGCAAAAUAAGCAGUGCACUUGUCUCGUUUUUGACAUCGACAGAAUCCCCUGUGUCCACGCUAUUGCUGCAGCUAAACGUACAAACAAGGACGCGAACAAGUAUGUGGAUCAGGCUUACUUGACGGAAACCUGGGCUAAAGCAUAUGCUGAGAGCAUACACCCAUGUGGAGAUUUGACAAAUUGCGAUUUCCCAGAUACUGAAGUAGUAAGUUCAUGCGCACCACCAACUUGUAAGCAAACCAGUGGGGGACCUCCGACAAAGAGAAAGAGAUCAGUGGGAGAAUUUGGUGUACCCGGUUCAAAAUCCCAAGGACACAAAUGUAGCCGUUGCAAUGUAGGAGGACACAACAGGAGUACAUGCAGGUCACCUUUAUGA